GUCAAAGGUUGAAGGUUAACGAACAUUUUAGUUGUCAAAUCCAAAAUGAUUUGUCAUAAUUAAGUCUGUGAAUUGAGUUUUUUUUGUGUUUCUAAUCAGCUGUAAAAGGUUCAAAACCAGUUUUAUUUGUUUAAAUUCAACUCUAAAGCUUUAAAGGCGAAAUUUAGUAUGGGCAAUAGGGCUUCGUUACUUCUUCGGGAAGAAGAGAUAGCCCAAAUUCAGGAAGAAACUGGUUUCACUCCAAAUCAAAUUGAACGAUUAUAUUCUCGUUUUACUGCAUUGGAUAGGAACGAUUGUGGAACAUUAUCUAGAGACGAUUUUUUGAGGAUACCCGAGCUAGCAAUAAACCCUCUGGGAGAAAGAAUAGUCAACGCGUUCUUUCAAGGCGACGAAUUCACAGAUCGAGUAAACUUUAGACAGUUUAUGCAAGUUCUAGCCCAUUUUAGACCAGUAAAGAAAAAUAAGGGAAAUAAAUUGAACUCUAGAGAAGAAAAACUAAAAUUUGCAUUUAAGUUAUAUGAUUUGGAUAACGAUGACAUGAUUUCCAAGGAUGAACUUUUGGCAAUUUUACAUAUGAUGGUUGGGACAAAUAUUAGUGAAGAACAACUAACCAGUAUAGCUGAGAGAACGAUUUUAGAAGCCGAUGAAGAUGGGGAUCAAAUGAUUUCUUUCGAAGAGUUUUGUAAGGCGCUGCAAAGGACGGAUGUAGAACAGAAAAUGAGCAUUAGGUUUUUGAAUUGAGAUGUAAAUAUAGUUAAGUUUAAUACAAUAGCAUUAGAUUAAGAAUAAGGUGAUUUUAUUGUUUAUUUAUAAAGUGGUGCUUACAAGAUAUAAUUAUUUGUAAAUAUAUGUUUGAAAAGUUAGCUAGAUAAGAUACAAAAUACUUUAUAUUUUUGUUGUAAUUUGUAAAAGAAUUAUAACACUAAAGAUUUUUUUAAUAUAUCUCUGAAU